GGAGAAUGGUAGAGUGAAGCGGGUCAGCACGCCUAGGUGAGCAAAGAUGUAAGGGCAAGGAUAACUUCCCAAAUGAUAUUGAAUUAGUAAGAAAAUGGAUGACACACAAGCACUAGAGUGUACACAAGCUUUACCUGCUGACUGGGAUGAGGAUGAUGACAACAAUUCAGGAGAAAAACGUAUUGUUGCAUGGCUGGAAAUUGAAGGCGUCCGCCAUGAGAUUUUUGAGGGUGAGACCAAAAUUGGCAGAGAUCAAGCAACAUGUGGAAUUGUACUGCAGAACAAAGUGCUGUCCAAGGAGCAUGCGCUUUUUGACAUUGAGGGUGAAACCCACACACUGGCAGAUCUUGGUAGUAUGAACAAAACAAGAAUUGGCAAGAUGGUGUUGAAGCCAAAAGUGAGGUAUGCAUUACAUGGAGAAGAACAGAUACGGUUUGGGGAUAUUCGUGCCAAAUAUAUUAUAAAUGAAAAGUGGCUGUUUCAUUACGUUGAUUAUGGUUUGCUCUGCUAG